AUGCCAAUUAGCAAACUUCACAUAACAGGCGCCAUUACAUGUGGCCUGUGGCUGAAAAAUAGUUCAGUGGGCCCUGCGAAUAUAUAUCUUUCAAAGGUUAUGCGUCAUGCGCAUCUUGAAUAUAUCAGAGCAGAUUCAUCUUCCAUCACCAUCACAGUAAUACAGGAUCUCUUCAAUCAAAUAGAUAGUCCAACAGACAAGUUGAUACCUGUCAAUCCCGAAAAUAUCCUCAACCGGCUGGCUGGAAACAAAAUUCCUCAUGUCGUGGGGAAAGCCGAUAAAAUUUAUAAAGCAAAUAUCGAGAGGUACAGCCCAGAUCAACUUAGAAAACUGAACAGAGUUGAGAGAAUCACAAUACAGCAGCAGCCUAGCAUUGUCAAAAGUCGAUCCGAGGAACGCACUACCCAUUACGAUGACAAGAAGAUUUGA